CCGCACCCGCUCACGCCUCUAGAAGACUUAGAGGAAAUUUCGGUAGCCAGGGUCGAGUACGGACCCAGCUCCUGGCUUCCUGCUGCUGUACCCGCUAGGUUGGCUGCAAGAGCCCGGGGUGGUCGCGAGAAGCGUCCCCUCAGGGACCCAGAGCCUUCUUUGAGGGAUCCCGAGAGCCGAGGGCCGGUCCUGAGCAGUGUCCCCCCGGAGCCCGAAGACGCGCUUGAGGAGGCAGCGUUUCCCUCAGGGACCCGAACGUAGCGGGCGCGGGCGCCGAGCGCUUUCCCCCACGCCCGAACCCCGCGGGUGGUGUGGCUGUACUUGAAUUAAACGGCCUCCGCGGGCGGUCGCCUCCCGGGGCUCCCGAGGGCCUGGUUCUGCCUCCAGCGCCCCAAGUACAGAGGUUGCCGCGUCUUCAGCCCCAGAGCCCCGGGGAAACAUCCCAACCUUAGAGAAGGGCGGAUUCGCGGAGAAGGUGAGACCAUGCUUAAGACUACAAGGAUAGCAAUCUCCCUGGACCACCUGAAUUGAACCUGAAGCUUGAGUUAUUGACAUCAGGGGCAGUUGACAUCAGAGGCAAACAUGUUGGAUCCGAACAGUGCAAUGGACUUUUUUGACCAAGAAAAUAUGGAGGAGCUCUCCCAACUCGCUUCCCUAGAGAUGUCAGGGGAUUUAGUUUCCAAGAGAAAACCUUCAGCUGCGCUAGAAAAAUCUAGCUAUCCAGACUCCGUGUACGUUACGGCGGCAAACAUUUUUCAGGGUAUUCGAAUCCAAAGGCCAGCAGACAAAGUCAUCAUAAAUUACGGGGAUGAACUCUUGCCGUCCUCCUGGACCCAGGCCGAGGAAGAUUCUUUUCAGCGUUUGUCCUAUGAGUUGGCUUUCAGUACCCUGAAGUAUCAAGAUAUUUUGGAAAGUAUAUUAAUAGAUACCGAUAUCUUCUCAAGUACCACAAUCCCAGAUCAGUUGAACAGCCUUAUCAUUGUGAUGCUGUAUGAUUUCCAAGAUAGAAAAUUUCAGCCCCGUGUCCUUCCCAAUGACGCAGUGACCAUACCAGAAGUUCAAGAAGUAGAGAACCUUCUUAACAGCUUUAAGACAAAGUUGGCUGCGGCAUUGGCGAGAUGUCGGAUCAAGCAUGAUGCCCUUUCGAUUUACCAUAUUCUGCCAGAGACAGUUAGGAAACAGGAACAGCGGGCCUCGACUUUGCCUCUGUAUGCUUGGAUAAAUAUUGGUAAAGUAAGCCUUGAAGAAGUUUACGAUGAUCUGAGGAAAAAAGGUUUUGAUAAGGUCAAGUCGAUAGCGUAUCUCAAUGACAAGGUCUUUGCCGUUGAUCAGCAUUGCUUCAAUGUCUUAAUUUUUCCAUCUCAUUUCAAAAGAGAACUUUUAAACAUAGAUCUUAUAAAAGACUAUAAACUCAUUUUCCAGGACAAAUCUCGAAGCCUUGCUGUCCACUCUGUCAAGGCUUUAAUAAACAUGGACGACGAUAUCCUAAUGGUCAACACAGGCUCAUGGUACACAGUUGCCCAUAUGUCCAUCUUAACAAGUGGCAACACCUCGAAAAUAUUUGUAUGUGGAAUAGAAUCGGAAGAGAAGGAUUCUGAUGCGAAGAAACUUUUCACAAAAAUGGGAUGUGAAAAUAUUGAAAUACUUCAUGAAACAUUUCUUAGCAUUGAACCCAAAGAUCAGCGGUUACAGAAUGUUAAGGUCAUUCUGUUGCUACCUCGCUGUUCAAGCCUAGGUGUUAGUAAUCCAGUGGAAUUUAUUUUAAAUGAACACGAAGAUACAAGUUUACUUCAAGAUCUUUCUCAGGGUGGUCUACCAAAAGAUAAACUUCAGAUUUUUGCUCAGCAACAAUUUGAACAGCUAACACAUGCAAUGAAAUUCGCUAAAGCUCAAGCGAUUGUUUACUGUACAUGUUCUGUUUCUGAAGAGGAAAAUGAAGAAGUUGUUAAGAAAGCACUGGAAUUUCAAAGCCCAGCACUUAAACUACAACCUUACAGACUCAGUCCUCCCGUGCUCCCGCUGUGCUCCUUAAAAGAGAUAGAACUGUCUAUGGAUAGGUUUUUCAGAUUGGAGCCAUCUGAUAUUACCAAUGGCUGUUUUCUUUCUAUCUUAACAAGAGAGCGGGACCCAUCCGAGACAGUGUCAGUGAAAGAUGUUCUGGCCCGGGCGGCGGCCAAAGGUCUACUGGAUGGGGUUGAGGUUGGGAAGACACUCAAACGGGACAAGAAAAGGAAAAAAGCAAAAGCCCCACUGCCCAAAGCCCCUCCCCAGGCGGACCUGGCUCACGACCAUUCGUCAGUGACUGGCGCCGAUAACAGCAUCCAAAUGAAAAUCACUGAGUUCCUGCAUCGAGAAAGCAAAGCCAGUGCAGUGAAAACGCCUCUCCCUGCAAAACCCGUGCCUCAAGUGGCUGCCUCCUCCCAGAUCAGAAAGCCCAGCAAGCCUUUAUCGACCCCACUGGUGAGGACCACCAGGCCGUCAGAAAAGGCGGGAAGCUUUGGGAGACCUCGGCCAGAAGGCAAAGGGAUUCCUCUGAAACCGGUUGAAAUCAUUCUGCCUCCAGUGACGUUCCCAUUCUCGAGCCCCCAGGGACCCAGGUUUCAGAUGCCAGGCACCCAUUUUUAUUACCGCUUCAUUGGAUCAAAGGUUGGUGUGCCCAGCCAUCUUACAUCAAUGUCCAGAAGAAAGGAGAAGGCUAAGGAGAGCGUACCUUCCUCCUUCGUCAGGCAUCCUAGACCAUGGCUCUGACUGUGUGGCCCUCGUGACAGGGUGGCUGGGCUUUGUCCACGUUUAGACACUGUUACAUAAGAUACUGGUGCUUUUGGUCACUUAGUACCCUCCAAUGCAAUAGAACAUUUGGAGAGAGAAUGAGGACAGAUGAGGGUAACACUGGAGGGGCUGAGUGAGCAAAGCUAAGGCUUCCUCAGCUCAGCGCUAAUAAGCUCUUUCAGGAAGUCCAGUUGCAGACCAGAUCAGCUGUUAGGCCUUGUCUCACUCUGGGGAGGUUUGAAGUGUGGGCGGAGCAUGGCUGUCUUACCUGAAGGGAACCCAGGAUCCCUGCCAGUAGGCUGACUUGCAGACUUCACUGAGGGGCUUGGUAGAGUCCUGAGAUAAAUGCUGUUCUUUCCAGCCUGCUCCAGCUCUAGCCAGGAAGCCGAGACCAUGCCUUAGCCGGGCAGUUGCUGUAGCUGAAACCUCCUGAAUCCCAGUUGAGGCCUUUUCUGCAAGCAUCCCCCUGCUCCCGAGACAGGGCAUGCCAGGAGGCUCUCUAGUAGACUGACCUUUGAGUGGAGUAGGAAGCACAGGAAACCCCAAGUGCCAGAUGUGCACAGUCCAGAUGUUCAUUCAGAAGAAAAGAAAGGUUUCUGGAGACGCUCCAUAAUCCCGAGCAGACUGAGCAUGACAAUCCCUCCCUUCUGUUUAUGCCAAAUUUUGUUGGAGAAGGGACAGGGAGCACGUUCCCACCUAAGGAUUCUGAGCUGUAGAAUAGAAGUGACAUAUCAUUUAAGGAACUCAGGUUUCUGACUCUGUGCUGAGAUCAGGUGGCACAGCCGAAUCCCACACAGGUCAUUCCAGUGGCACACAGGGAUCUGACCUUGGUGACUCAUUUCUGGUACAUUAUUAGAAUAUACUGUAGCACUGUGCUAAUUACAUCAAACGUCAACUACUCUUAGCGAUACUCACCAUUGCCUAGUAAUACUGACAUGAUUAUCAUUUCUGGGUCCGAUUUUUUUUCAUCAUGGCAACAGAAAUUGUUUGACAUUAAAUAAAGUUAUGAUUACAAUUCUUUUUUUUUUUUAAAUCCAGACACAUUUAGAGUUUGAAUGUAAAGCUCUUAUCCAACUGCAUAGAUUUCUGAGUUCUAAACGCCCCAUUCAGGUAGCAGGACUGCAGUAGACCGGAGUCGGCCUCAGCUCCGGGGGGCCUUUUUGUCUCACUUGAGGUGGGAAGGACAGAGGCUUGAUGGGUUUGGUUUUCAUAGUAGUUUUAUUUUAGCUAACGAUUUAUAUUUUCAUUAAAAUCUGAGUGAAGAAAAUGAGUUUUGUACUUCAAGAGGUUUAUGUUUAUAUUCUGGGGCGUUUUUGCUAGUUGAUUCUUGAAAAGCACAGGACAUAGGAGGCAGACACAAGGGUUCCCAGUUCGUCUAGCCAAGAGCUGCACAGUAGGAUCCUGACUGGGCCCCUGCUCAGCGUGUUCCGGGUACUACUUCCCAUCCCCAGCUUUCUAAACCACAAGCCCGCACUGCUCCUUACCAAGACACGAACCUCGAAUCUCUUUAAAGGAUGUGUCUUGGGGUGCAGCCUAACCUACUACUGUUCAGAGAGGAGCUGCCAUUUCAUCCCAUGGGAGCUCAGGCCAAAAACCUUCACUCUCAUUCUACUUUCUGGGCUAACUCUUUGCUCCGAAGAGGUUCAGGGUAUUUUCUAAUCUCUAGCAGCACAUGGUUCCUGUCACCACUUGGGUAUCUCCUACUAUGUAUGUUGCACUAAAUCAGUCUUCUCUUUGCACAUUCAUGGAGACUCUGCUCUUCUUUAGGACUCUUCUAGGGAGGACAGGAUCAAUAAUUUCCUGAUAAAGUAAGAAGAAAAACAGGAUAAAAGCAACCUAAGAGAACUCUAGUGAAGACCGCUGACCACACUGUUUUAACUGGCAUUUCAACUUCUUGAUCUUCUUAAAGUGUUGGCAAAAUAAAAGAAAUCAUCAAAUGAUAGCAUUCAAA